AAUUAGUUAAAAUUCUUUAUGCAGACACAAACUACAAAUGUUACAUCAGCAACAAAUUCAGUAUCGCCGAUGCUAAGUUUGGAAAUUGGAGGACUUGUGACGAAUUUGCACAAAUCUUUACUGCAGGACACGUCGCCACCAUCGUCGAUAUGUACAUCAAUAAACAACGGCUGUAUGAAUAGUUCGCUUAUCAGCUCAGCUGACUUUACGAAUCUCAACUUUUUACAAUCGAUCCAUAGUUUGGAAACAAAUAAUACGACUUCAACAAGAGAUCACAUGUCGACAAUGACAACGCUAAUGAAUCACGUAGGCUACAAUCUGAGCGACAUGGUUAGGGACCGCAAAGUUCUCGACUCACUUAGCAUGUCCGGUGAUGGCACACUAAUUAAGGAUUCACAUAUUGGCCAAAUUGAUGAUAUUUCAUUAAUGCCACUAAGCAAAACAGCAUCCGGUUGCAGCACCAUGGAUAAUAGCACUGACAGUGUCUCCACCCCCAAUGAAAUGCAGGGGCACGCUCAAGCUCAGUUGUGUGCAACGAUGGUGUUGAGUGAGGAGUUGAUUGGUGAUACUACAUUUAAUCUGGUGGAUAGUUUGACUUCACGUACUACAACAGAAUCUCAAAGUGAAGGGGAUGCAAACGUCUUGUUUAAACGGCCAAUCGCGGUGCUAAACGAAACACAGCUGCUUGCGGGGCGACAGGUCAACAGUACUUUUACCGAAGGGUGCCAUACUCCCGAAGCAGCUCGUUGCGAUACACCUGAAAAUAUUGAGACGAAAUUGUCCUUAAUUCAGAUGCAAUCUACGCCACUAACGACUUUAAACAGCCGUUGUCCAUACAACUAUAACAACAACAAUAAAAAUAAUUAUAAUAAUAACAACAAUAAGGUGCCUAUCUACACGCCGACAGAGACAAGUCACGAAGAAAUAGUAAACAUAUCUCCGAUUGUGAGUAGUAUAACGCCCCACAAAAGCUACAGCUGCCGACAAGAGUUAAAUCAUACCUAUGAACCACCAACGGAAUCAUUAAAGAAUCUUCAAAUUAGAGGGGCGCCUGAGUGGUUUGAUGGCCAAAAGGUUGUGCAUGAUACAAUGCACUUGCUUGAACAAAUUGAACAACCAGCCACAGAUGCAACAUACGACAAGUCUGAUGAAAAUUUACAGAUGCAGUGCGUCUUAGGUUUAGCCGAGGCAGAAGUAGAGCUGCUUGCUCAUCAGGGUGAUGAAGAGCAGUUUGAGCAUAUGCUCGCUGAGCUUGGCAGAGUAAACACACUCAAUGCGGAGCAGAUAAAAAUGCAAAAGUCAUUGGAAAGUAUUAAGCGUCGCUUUCAGAAAGAUGAGCAUCCUUCUCGAGCUGAGCAGCAGCCACAGGUGGAUUUGGCGCAUGACACGCCGCCUUCGUCGAAGUCGCAUUUAAUAAAUAGUCUAAAUCAAAGUAACAGCCAAUCAUCUAAUAGUAGUGAACGUUUACUUAACCGACGUAGUCGACUCUAUGACGAUUUUAAGUUGGUUGCAAUGCACGACAGUGUAGCCAGUACCGCCAGUUGCAAUUCAACAUCUUUUGUAGUUCAUCGAAGGGAAGAUGAGCCAUCAAAUACAUCGGGGACAUGCAUACCACUAUUUGAGACUGAAAAGCACGGGGUGGACAUAGAAACUGAACAAAACCAGACGACCAUAGACUCUGAAUCACUGAACUAUAAGAUGGCUGAGCGCCGCACUAGAGAUCGAGAACGUUUUAAAACUAUUAAAAUAACUAGCGAAAUGCGCGCUACUGACGAGAAGCUGGGAUACAUUGUUGUACCCUGUAUUGACGAUGAAGAUCCCCAGUAUCAGCCAUUAAAUUCAGCUAAAAUAGAAGAUCGUCCACAAUCGCCAAAAAGUCGACUUUCGCGGCUUGAUAAAAAAUGUCUUGGAAACAUUAAUGGAUCAGAAAACAAUGCCGUUGUCGGCAAAAAUUACUUGACCUACAAGAAGCCAAGAGACAAAAGUUUGUUGAUGCAAAAACAGCCUCAAGCGCAACCCCCGACGCUCGCAUGUGGACAAAAUGCGCGAUCUCAACCACGUUCGCUAUCUCGACCACGUUACAUUAGUAGCUUACAAAAGCUAGGUACUGUGAGCAAAGCAACAUCUGCUGGCGGUGGUCUGAAUGCUGUAUCAUCUGCAAUUUCUAGGGCAACAUCGAGAGAAAUAGCUCCAAAACCUGGGGAUGGAGUAAAAAGUCCGAUGGGCAUUAAGUCAAAGUCAUUUCAUAACUUGUCCUCGAACAUUUGCAGCUCUAUGGGUGCUGGUGGUGAGGUAAUGCCACCUCGACAGAGCUUAGGUGACGCGCUGAAAAUACCUAGCAACCAAAUUAGCAAGUUGUCAAGUGUCUUUCGAGCAGAACAACAGAAUGAGGACGAAACUUCCGUAUUUAAAGUGCCCAAGUUUGUUGGCACCUUGCGUGCGCCGAAUAAUUCCGGAGGCCCAAGCAAGCGAGUUGUGGGAAAUGGACUGGCUCGACCCUCUUCCGGCUAUUAUAGUUUGACUAUGAGAGGAGUUGGUGAUUCUGAAACACCUGAGAGUCUCUCUUCUGCAUCUUCGCGCGGUAGUCUGUAUGAUAAGGAUGUAAAACAAACUGAUGCGUUUGAAGCAGUGGCACUAAGCGCAAGGCUGGGGCAAGUGACAUCUGGUACAAGAGGCAUUCCGAAGCCAUCAGCUCUUCGGCAACCUACACAAAUAAAACGCAGUGGAUUACCCCGGCCUUCUAAUAUUUUAAGGCGUUGAC